AUGGCCACUCGCAAAAUGCCCCGCGCGUGCGCCUCGCUAUUCUCGAGGGUGCGACCGACCACGAUCCUUCGCGCCCACCGCAGCGCUGCAAGAUGUAUGCAUCAACGAACCGGGCUAUCCAACGCGAAUAUCCGCCCGACACUACAAUCCUUACACCACUCGGUGGGCGUAUGGAGGCCGGCAGCGGUGAGUGGGAGUCGCAGUAUCUUUAUUCAAACCGAGAAUACCCCCAAUGCAGACGCUCUCAAGUUCCUGCCAAAUCACCCUAUCCUACCUCCUGGCUUAUCCUCCCCGUUUCUCGAAUACCUCAAUCCCAGAGCUACUCUUGCGCCUCCCCACCCAUCGCCUCUUGCGGCAUCGCUGAUGAAUAUCGAUGGCGUCACGUCAGUGUUCUACGGGGCGGACUUCAUCACCGUUACCAAGGCAGCGGAUACGAAUUGGGCGCAUAUCAAGCCGGAGGUGUUCAGUCUCAUCACCGAAGCCGUAACGUCUGGGGCACAGAUUGUCAACAUUACAGAAAACAAGUCAGGGGAACAGGGCCAAGACGGAGCUCAGGAGGACAGUCUGGCGUAUAACGAGAACGACAGCGAGGUUGUUGGAAUGAUCAAAGAGCUUCUGGAAACGAGGAUCAGGCCCGCAAUCCAAGAGGACGGAGGUGAUAUUGAAUUCCGAGGUUUUGAAGGAGGAAUAGUCAAUUUGAAACUCCGCGGUGCUUGCAGAACCUGCGAUUCGAGUACUGUGACUUUGAAAAAUGGGAUUGAAGGAAUGUUGAUGCAUUAUAUCGAGGAGGUGAAGGGCGUUAAUCAGGUGCUGGAUCAGGAAGAAGAAGUCUCUGCUCUUGAGUUUGCGAAGUUUGAGGAAAAGCUCAGGCUUCAAAAAGGCAAUGACGCCGCGCCGUCGACCGUCGGAAAAGGCACUCUCGAUACCGCCCCCGGUUAA